GACCGUUUUAAGUUGGUACGUUACGUGUGGUCAGGCUUGGUGGGUUUUAUCGGACAUCGCAUGUUUUGUUUAAAAAAAUCCUCUGUGAUUUUGUUUAAUUUAUUCAGUAGAUAGAAAUUUGUCUCCGAUCCAAUGAAUUUAGCAUCCAUUGACAAUAUCAUACGUGGGGCUCGACUUCAGACAUCAUCAAAUGACUCGAGUUAUCAAAAUUUUUUGGAUCGUUUAGUUUUACCUGGAAUGGUUUUUGAAUUAUCUGGACCUUAUGAUGGGCCUGUAUCAUGGUCUAUUGGUCCAGGUCUUGUCUGUGUGCCGAUGUCUAGAAUGAAACCUGGAGUGGGAAAAAACAAAAUGGUGGAUUCGAUUUUAGUAAGACAGUUCGGAAUCUUAAAAUUCAAAUGUAAGAAGUUGGAAGGAACAGACUCAACGGAUACAAUCAAGCGUUUUAAACUGGGAAAUUCGUUGAGUGAUUUGAGGUCAGAAAAUUUCAUUUGGGUAGAAUGCCUUGUGUCUAAUGGUUCAGUAACUACAUUACUUCCACUUACUCGCCUCUCAUACCGUUGUCAUGUGGGACAGUUUCAACCAGAGGACAAGGUUAUUGGCGUUGUAAUGAAAAAAGCUGGUGAAUCGUUUAUAGUUGAUAUAGGUUGCGCUUCUCCGGCUAUUCUCAAUUACUUAUCAUUCGAAGGUUCUUCUAAAAAGAAUCGUCCUGACAUUAAUGCAGGUGAUGUUCUUUAUGCCAUGAUUACACGAGCCGACAGAGAUUUAGAGAUUGAAUUGUCAUGUGUUGAUGAGGCGGGGAAAGCUUGUGGAAUGGGUAUCCUUGGUCGUCAUGAACCUGGAACUGUUGGUAAUGCUGGAGGUCGGUCUGGUGGUAUACUGUUACACUGUACGCAAGAUUUGGUCAGGCGGUUAGGCAAUCAAGAUGAAUUUCCUCUAUUAAAACUUUUAUCUAAGGUGUAUCCUUUUGAAAUAUUCUUAGGUGCAAAUGGACGAAUAUGGUUAACAGCUGGUUCUGCUAGAGAAAUAAUGAUAUUAGCCAAUGCAAUAGCUAUUACUGAACAUAUAUCAACGAAUGAAUGUUGUCAAUUAGCUAAAGAACUUUGUUAAGUAUUUUUUACAUUUUGAUGAAACGUUUUUUUCUCUUCUUUAAAUUAAAUUUGAAUAUUGUACAUAUUUAUAUUGAUAUUGUACAUUUGUAAGUCUAUUUUGUAUCUAAUAGAUUAAAGUUUACUUUGUUUUAGAAAAAAAUUUGUUAGUUGAGAAAUAAUACAUGGAAGUAAAGUUAAUUGGAAUUACAA